AUGGACUCAACAUAUAAUUAUUUGGCGGACAGAGCUUUGGAUCUUCUUGGUUCAAACUCAAGGGUUUUAAUCUUGUUGAUAGGAAUCCCCGGCUCUGGAAAGUCCACGCUAGCUAAAAAUGUUGUUGAUAUACUCAACUCAAGAUUUGAAAAGCAUAAUGAACUUCAAAAUCAAAAAGUAAAUUUCCAACAAAGCGAACAUAAUUCAGGAUCCUUUCAAGAAAAUAAAUUGGUAACUGGUGAUUUUGUUAGCAAGCUAGAGGACUUUAACAGCAACUCUGAAAUUCCUUUGGAAGAUGAAUAUUAUGUACCAAAAAAAAUAAAAAAAAAAAAUGAAAUAAUUAUAAGUGGGAGAUGUGAGGACAAUUCAAUUAAAUUAGUUUAUCCAAAAUUUAGUAGUAAACACACUUCUAAUGAUUUUGCUCAAAUAGUUCCAAUGGAUGGUUUUCAUUUGUCAAGAAAAGUCUUAAAACAAUUCAAAGACCCGGACAGGGCUAUUUUGAGAAGAGGAUCGCCCUUUACUUUUGAUUCUAAAAUGGUUGCUACUUUGAUAAAAUUAUUGGCUUCUACAUGCACUAGGAAGACGCUGAACCCCCCAAUAGAUAAAUUUCAGUUGAUUGAUGGAUCAAUAACAGGAAUUCCCGAUAUUUACGUUCCAAAUUUUAUUCAUGAAUUAAAAGACCCGACACCAUUUGGAAUUCCAAUUAAAUCAACAGCAAAGAUUUUGAUCAUAGAAGGAUUGUAUCUUUUAUUAAACCAAGGGCCAUGGAAGAGUAUUUAUUAUUCGCUAAGCAGAAAUCAUGAAAUCUGUUAUGAAAUUUGGAAAAUUGAAGUUGAAUUUAAUGUGGCCAGAGAGAGAGUGGCCAAAAGACAUUACGAAUCUGGUGGAAGCACCACUACUGAAGAGGGUUAUGAGAGAUUUGAUAUAAACGAUAGGCCAAAUGGGAAAUUAGUCGAAUUUAAUAGUUUUAGCGCUGAUCAUUACAUACAAAGUAUUUAG